AUGGAGCCAGAACAGGAAGACCUGCUCUCAUCCCCCUCCCCUCGGAAGCGCAAGCUGCUCCGAGACAGCCCCCACGAACAGCCCGGCGACCCGACGCCGGCCACCAAGCGCACCGGGCCACGCCAAGCAACGACCACCACACAGAGACUCUCGAUCGACAAGCGCCGCAAGGUCGACAAGAUCGCACCCAUCAGAGCUGACCUGGGCAAGAGGAACCUCGAACCUGGAUGGACCCGGCUCCGGAAAUGGUGCAUCAGGUGGGAAGUGCCCAGGAAAGUGCUCCACACGAGCAUCGGAUUUAUCACGCUGCACCAAUGGAUCAAAGGCACGACCAGCGCUCCCAAGAUCUCACUGGGACUCAGCAAAGCUCUCGUAGUCAUCGUCUCCGCCGAUCUCUUGCGCUUUCGUUCGGCCAGGUUUGCUAGGUUCUAUGAGUCCGUCCUCGGCUUCCUCAUGAGACCGUCGGAAAAAAACAACUGGAAUGGCGUCAUCUUCUAUCUCAUUGGCGUGAUCACUACCUUGAGCACUUUACCUCUAGACAUCAGUGUCUUGUCGAUCUUGAUCCUAUCAUGGGUAGACACGGCGGCCUCGCUGAUAGGACGGAGGUACGGGACGGAGCAGCGCCGCCUGCCGAGUCCGCCGUUUGCGCGACGGAAGUCACUAGCAGGAUUCCUAGGCGCCUUGACGGUGGGUACGACGACGGCCUACAGCUUCUGGUCGAUGUGGGCUGGGCUGGGCGGGAUGGGGGCGGAUAUAGGAUCCAGCUGGAGCCCCGCAGCCCUCCUACCACCACCGCCAUCAUCCACCCUCCGUCGACAACGCGACUCGUUCGCAUCCAUCUACCCCUUCCUCAACACCCUCCUCCAGCGCAUCCAGCUCCCUAACCCCCACUCGACCCUGCCCAUCGCCCCGCUAAGUCUCGCUUGUGGUCUCGUCGCUGCUCUCGCUGAAUCCUUCGACUUCUUCGGCUGGGACGACAAUCUCGUCUUGCCCGUUCUAUCCGGUUGGGGCAUCUGGGGCUUGAUGAAAAUCACUUGA